AUGGAGACGUUGGUGCUGAUCCCUCAAGAGUUGAGCCUGGCGCUUCGUCCGGGUGGUGCUAGAGGUCGGGAGGCGUCUGUCAGUGUUUGGACGUCCACUGAAAUUCAGAGGGGUGCGCUGUUGUACCCGUUCCAGGGGACGAUAAGGAUUGAUAAGCUGCAUGUCUAUUCCUAUGUGCCUGAUCAUGAUGUGAGUAAUACAUAUAUAUUUAUUGGUAUCUGA